UUCUUGUUUGUGACAAAUAUAUAUAUACACAACUUCAUUGCAACAGAACUCAUCAACUAACUGCUUCAUCAAUUAUUAUUACACAAUAACAUUGCAACAGAACUCAUCAACUAACUGCUUCAUCAAUUAUUAUUACACAAUAAAUUCAUCCAACAAGUCUAAUCAAUGGCACAUUAUGGGGAUUACAGAGAAGGAGCUAAUUGGACAAGUUCAGUCAAAUCGAUAUAUGAAGAUAUUGAACCUUCAUCUGGCUGGAUAGAGGAUCAGGAAAACCUUUAUUUUCUUAUUGAUCUCCCUGGAUUCAAAAGGGACGAGGUGAAGCUCCAAGUUGAUACAUUUGGCAAUAUAACGGUAAGUGGAGAAAGGAAGGUCAGCGAAUAUAAGUUUAUCCGCUUUCAGAAAUCAACUAAAGCACCUGAAAAAUCGAAACCUGAGGAUACCAGCGCAAAGCUUGAAGACGGGAUUCUAUAUGUGAUCAUCCCGAAGGAAUUACCAGAAAACAAUGAACGCGACGAGGCAGCAAUUGCUAGCUUUUAUCAGGAAGAGAAUCAGCAAAAGAAAACGGAGGAAAUAGAAAGUUCAAAUGGUGAUGAAACAGACCAAAAAGGAAAUGACAAAGAGGGAUUGAAAGGAAAAAGCGAUGAAGAAGAAUGUCAUGAUCCAACUAUGGCGAAGAAGGGGCACGAGGGCGUUCUAUUUGCAGCAGGAAAACAGAUUCUGAGGAAGAACAAAACGAUUGUAAUUACAGCAUUGCUAGCAUUUUCUUUCGGGGUUUACGUUUCUCAAAAAUUUCAGUCAAGUAAAAUUGAUUAAGCUUUGUGACUAGGAUUUCUCCCAUCAUCAUCAUGUGAUCAAUAAUUCAAUUAUUCUGUUAUCUGUACUGAACAUAUUCAACGUGCAAUAAACAUCAAUUUCAAAAUA